AUGUCUCGGCAGCGGCGCAAGAUGCCUUCCUUCUCCUCAUCCUUACUCGAGGCCAUCUACCAGUCCAUCGACGAGCAGCCCAAUCCCCCCCGGCGCAGAAACAUCGACGACGAAAUCGAGAGCCUCCGCCGCGCCAUCAUGGUGGAGAAGUGGAUGGAAAACUACAGCCAUAGCAGCAGCGCAAGAGCAAGGCACCUCCCUUCCAACUCCUCCUCAUCCACAGAUUCCAUCGAGAGCGACUCCCCAAAACUCCACCGCAACAAAUCCAAGAAACUGAAGGAGCCUGUCUCCCCCGGCGCCAGGAUCGCCAGCUUCCUCAACUCCAUCUUCAGCCCCAGAAACAAAGAUCACCCUGUCAGGAAAUCAAGAUCCAUGAAAGACAGUGGUGCAGCAGCAACGGCGGCGUCAAGAUCAUGCUUGACCAUUAAUAAGUCCAAGAGGUGUGUUCGAUUCUGCCCACUUGUCCACCAAGACAGCCUAGUCUACAAGGAGAGGGAUUUCGACGACAAGAGCUGCGCCAGCUCCGAUCUUUUCGAGCUCGAAAACAUCGGACCUUAUCACCACCAACUGCCCGUCUAUGCAACCACGGAUCUUAAAAUCAAUCGCGCCAUGUAUUAA